GAAUUAGACCGAUCAGGCCGUCCUCUGUGCCGCGAACCCAUCCACCGCUCAUUGUUGGGAACUGCACUUGUCAUCUCAGUCAGGCAAUGCGCAGAAUCAAAUGGGCACCUGGGUAAGCCGCCAAACAUGUCGCACAGCACAAGCUGACGCCCUGUGUGGCAUUCCUUGACGUUGCUCGCUCACCUGAGCUGCUGAGGACCACAUCAGAUAUCUCCCCAACGUUGAGCUUAAAUGCAGCGGCCUCGAAGUUGCCGUCCAUCUCACCGCGGCCGAAGAAACCCUGCACACCACAGCACAGCACACCCAACCACACCACACACCGAGAUGCGGUCGGGAUGCAUGUGUGACUGCCUUGGUCAGUGCAGGCAAUCGCACCCACCAGAUCUCCUCCUUUGGCGAACGAGCUGCAGUCGCUGCGCUGCUCAGCUACCUCGGCGAAGUUGGCGGCCGUCAACCUGAGCAGACAAACAACCGCACACGGCAGCAUGGUAACGUGCACGGGCGGCGGUUGCUCCUCCCUUUCAUCCCAGCGUACGUUUCCUUGAUCUUUUUGAGUUCUUCGAUGGCGGCUUCUUCACUGAUGGUGAUGGGCUGACCCGUGCGACGGCUCACGGGGUUGCGGCUCUUGUUGUGCUUGCAGAUACUGAGCACAUACGACGCAUGUCCAUCUGCGUUGAAGAGAUGAGCUUUGUGGAUGCUUACAUGUGACGGCAGCGAACCUGAUCCGGGGCCGACAUGGCGAAGAAGCUGGCGGCGUUUUCUAAGGACAAAAAGUCGG